AAUUUUUUUUUAAAUUAACCAAAAAACUAUAUUGAUGAAAAAUUAUUAAAUGAAACAUAUCAAAAGUAUUAUUCUUUGUCUGAGUGUAUGUUGAAUACAUUCAACUUCAGCAGCAAAUUUUCAAGCAGCGGUCAUUAUCUCGAAAGACUUCAGUUUAUCAAGACGCAUAUUAUUUUUUAACAAAUCUUUUUGUGUCUAGAACAAUAAAAUACAAAAUAAAAAAUACUUCAACAGAAAAGGAAUAAAAAAUUGUAUCAAGUUUGGUGGCAUUUUUCGACACGGGGUGUGAAAAUAAAAUUAGAAAAACAUGAAUGCUGAUCAACUUGGAAACAUAUUAAAAGAAAUAACAAAAAGGUUCGAAGAUGCAUUUUCUGUGAAAGCUCAACAAUCACGACAGGAACAAUUUGACACAAGAGCCGUCUUAAAAAUGGCAAUGAAUUGCGUUAAUAAUAAAACAGACGAGCUAUUAGUGGACGUCGUCGAAAUGAUAACACUAUUCCUGAUAAGAGGGCCAAAAAUUUCGAAAAUCAAUGAAUCAAUGAAGGAAAUUGGCAAGCAACGAAUUGAUAUUUUAAAGAAUAAAUACAAAUUAAAGGAUUUUGCCAGUUCCGAAGAUGUGGCAACGGGAAAGGCUCUAUCAUUGAGAAAAAUAAAUUCCGCCUUUCCCUAUCAAUUUCUAAUUAUUAUGAAAAGUGAAAAAUAUCCACGACCACUUGGCAAGGAAACACUGAAUUUCGCCAAAGCACCAAACUUUCCAGGUUUUCUCAAAUCAACAAUUUUCCUCAGUGUCAUUCCAUUUCCAACGAAGCAAUCAAGUGAACAUCGCAUUUGGUCAGCAGACAAGGAGGGAAUCAUGAAAUUUCUAACAAUAAUUCAUGGUGUUAUUGCUUAUGAAUUUCUUGAAUCGUUCAUCGUUCAUAAAUGGGGUAAUAAUGAUGUUCUCCUAACGCCCUGUAAAGCUUUAACAAAUGCAAUUAGUGUUGCGCAAAAUAUUCUACACUCAGAUUUUAUAAAUCAAAAAAUUCGCGAAGAAAAUUAUGUGAGUAUGUUUCAAAACGAAAUGAAUCUGAAUUUUCAAUCUAUUCAAAAUUUGAUCAAUUACACUGAAAAUAAAUAUAACGGUUUUAAAGAUGUCUUAAACACUCACUUUAAUUACAACAUUAAAAGUAUGAAAUUCGAUUGUCGUGCAAAAGUUUUCUGUCGACACAUCGAACGCUGAAAAAGAAAACUAUUUUUCUCAAUUAAUAAUUACUUCGUGAAAUUUUAAUUUUUGAUUAAAAUUAGAAACGAAAAAUUUUGUAACAGAAAUGUAAAAACAAAUGUCAACAAAAUAUUCUAAUUAAA